AAACAGUAAUUUUCUCAGGGCUAAAGAGUAAGAACUAAUCUUUAUCCAUAACAAAUAGAAAAAGCUCAGUCCCAUUUCUAUCACCUGGAUAGCGUUGAGAGGAUAGCUUAAACCUCAAGUGCUCCUAAAUUUUAUACGCAACAGCCACUUUCCAAAGCGACCAAAAAAAAAAAAGAGAAAGCUGAAUUGCAUUAAAUAUUUUCAUUGAGUAGUAAAGGUUGACAAGUUUUCAGUUCUUGCUGUUUUAUGCCCCCUUGACCCUUUUUGUCUUGUCCAUCCUUGAGCAUCUGCAUGAAUACAAAAAUGUUUGUAUCUCUUACAAUGUUGCAUGAAGAAACUGUUGUGUAGCGCUGUGAAUUUUUAAAGUGCAAGAGGCAAAGAUGUGUCACUGAGAACAGCAAUGUACACAAAGUAGCUUUGACCUGCUCAAGACAUUUAAAUCUCCUGUCCUGUUCUAAAGCAUAGAGCUCCACUGGUUUGCCUCUGGUCAUAAACCAUAUUUAUUCAAUGGCAUACUCAGUUUGUUUGCUCUGACUCAAUCCACAAAGUGAUAUGUGCUGGGUCAGAACUCUGGUCACGUAAUUUUACAAAUUACCCUGAAAAUCUGGCAAAUUGUAAAAUCGUAACAUCCAUGUCUCAGAACCUUCAUCACCAAGCUCUAAAAGUACUCUCUAUUUUUGUCUUUCACCUCUUCCACAGUACCAUUUUGGUGUCAAGUAAUCCAAUGACAAGGAAGAUCAUUACCUCUGUGUGUGUUGAGCACAAGGAUACCCAAGUCAGAGAGGUUCAAUUAGGGAGAGACAGAAAAAGAAAGUUAAACCGAUGUCCCUUAAAAGCUACAAAAUUCUUUGUAAUGGAUAAUAUUUCUCAGCUUGCCCUCAAGUCACAAACAGUUUGUGGUGCCAUACAUUUCAUUUUGUUCCUGAUCUCCUGGCCAACAAUAAUUGUUUUGCUGGAGAAGUAUCUUGAUAAGGAUAGAUUAACUUUCAAUUGUGACCCUAAGCCCAGUGAAGUGGUUAAACAACAGUGCUAUGAGGAUUACACCUCCACAGUCAGCCCACUGUUGGUGCCCCUGAAUUUUGCUUACAUAACCUGUGCGAUCCUUGGCUUUUUCUGGUUGACGUUCAUUCUGUAUAGUGUCUGGGCCUGGAAGCAAAUCAAGAAGGAGCAAAACAGUGAAAGGAAGGAAAGUCUGGGAAAAAGGUUCACAUGGAUAUUUCUUGUCCAUGUGUUCAUUCAACUUGUUGUUCUCAGUGUUAUAAUGGGGCUAUUCAGCCACUUCCAGCCUAUUGGUUUUCCAAAAGUGUACACAUGUUCUCGGAGAAACAGCACAAAGAUCCCAAAAAACCAACUGAAGAAUAUAACCUGCCAUGAUAUGUAUCGUAGGCAAAAAUCUAAGCUGAACAUUGGCAUUAUUGCAAUCAUGACAAUUUCUAUUAUCCUUUGUGUGAUUGCAAUUACUCACCUGUUGUGCACAAGGAAAAAUUUUCUGGAGCAGUUGCUUGGAGAUCCGGAAGGUGACAAUACUAAAGCAUUUUGUGAUUUACAAGAUAUCCUGGUUAAAUAAAUCUAACAAUUAGUCUAACAAAAACAAAUGGAAAAAUUUAAGGAUGAAUUUCUGCAAACGAAAAGAAAGCUGUUGUAUGGUUUAAUCAUGGUAGAAAUAAGGAGUUAAUUUUUUUUUCCUUUUUUUUCUUUUUAAGACACCCCAGCGAGGAAUGAAGGUUCCACCAGAGGCUCAGCAGGAGAUGAUAUCUGGUUACCUGCUGAAGACACUCUGGAGAAUAACCAAGGCUCCAUUGA